AUGUCAAAUACCAUUUUUACUAGAUCACAAGUACCAACGUUUGAAAACGAAAUUAAAAGAAUUAGUGAUAUUAAAGUAGAACAAACAAAUAAUUUAACUGAUCCUUAUCAACAAUAUAUUGUAUAUCAAGCUCAACUAUAUCAAUUUAAUAUGGAUGAAAAAUUAACUAUUUCAUUAUUAACAAGUUCAAGUGAUAAAUUACCAAAAUUUAGUGGAAAAAUUCUGAGAAUGUAA